AUGGCGGCAGUGCUCGAGCAGUUACUACAGCCGCCAAACGUCUACAAAGCUCGCGAAUCUGCUCAGGAACGACUGACCGAGCUCACACGAGGCGGUCUCGGAAAGGGCAAGCGAUCACAAGAUGAGCUCGACCGUACACUCAGAGACGUGCUUGCGCGACAAGACGAGCUAGAACAGCAGCUGGAGAAUUCCAAUGGGCUGGUCGAGCAGCUCCUCUCGACCUCGCGACAGACUAUCGUCAACCUCGACACGAAAGCAGGCGAGCUGCAUACGACUCAGCUGAGAACAGAAGACGAGAUCAUCGAUCAUCGCAUCAAGCUCUCCAGCGGACUGCGCGAAGGCACCUCGACGGGAUCAGACAAGACGCUGCUCGAGGAGCUUGAGGAAUUAGAUGCCAAGAUAGCCCAGCUCGCGCGGGCACAGACCUAUUUGGACGUGCUUGCAAAGGCGGAGAAGCUCAGCCUACGCGCGAGCUCGUCUAUUACGACCAAUACAGCAGGAGCACUCAAGGCAUAUAUCCAGCUCUACGAGUAUCACGAGAGCCUCAAUCGUGUCUCCGGCAAGUUGGGUGCUUCUGCUUUCGUCGAGCGCAUUGUACGGAACACGUGGCACAGACAAGUCGACGAGAUCUCAAUAAAAGUACUUGCUGCAUUGGAAGAGCUGCAUUGGCCAAAGCCAAUACCGCCCCUCGAGCGAAGCGUUGCCACUUCACGGCUCAAGGCUGCUUUCCUCGAUGGUCUCAAAUUACAACGCGCGGGUGAGCGCUACCGUCUCGCCAAGACGACAGACAUGGAUGCAGAUCCCAAAAGACCUUCUAUCGCACUGCUCGAACCGCCUGUUAUCCCAAUCCGAGCUAUGAUCCAACCUCUCGAGUUGAGGUUUCGCUACCAUUUCGACGGCAAGCGACAGACGAACCGCUUAGACAAGCCAGAGUGGUACUUUGCUCACGUCCUCAAUCUUCUAUCGGAGCACGAGCGUUUCUUGACCGACGAUGUUCAAUCCCUGAUGGCAGAAGGAGGUUACGGUCAUUUCGAUGCAAUGACAGAGUUCAUUGUCGCUAAUCUCAAAAUGGUCACACGAAGACUGCGCCAAUCUGUUCCACAACUACUCUCACUCCCGCCUAUUCUUGCGCAUACGAUCUAUCAAGCGCUGCAAUUCGACAAGACCCUGCAUGACCGAUAUGGUUUCGAGCCUCGCAUGUCAAAGAGUUUGCCUGGCAAGACCGGCGCAGAUGUCUGUAUCACCGCUGAGAUCAUUCUUGAUAACGAGUCAUGGUUCGGCAGCUGGCGGGAAGCAGAGCGUACUUAUGCGGACGACAAAUUCUUCGAGAUCAUCUCUGCAAGCGAUGCAUGGCAGCUCAACGAAGAUUAUGCAGAGUCAGGUCUGAGACCCACGCAUUCUGCACUGCGCAUUCGCGACCUGUUUGAGCAGAUCACAGAUCGCUACCGCCCUUUGCCAGCAUUCAGACAUCGUCUGCCAUUCCUGACCAGAAUCCAAUUGCCUUUGCUAGACUCGUAUCAUGGUCGAAUUGCCUCAUCGGUCGAUGCUUUUGAAAGCUUGACGUUCGGAUUGAUCAGCUCUGUACCGGGCUCACUUGGCGAAGGACCUGGUGGGCGUCUGACUGCCGGUGUCAGCGGGCUACAGCGCUUGCUACGGGCGGGAAUAAGCGCGAGAUGGAUGCAAAAGACAUGUAGAUCGUGGGGAGAAGAUCCACUCUUUCUCGACUUGUGGCACCAUCUCGCAGAUCUCGCUCGUUCUGGCAAGACUGAUGACGAGGUCGGCAAGCUGGCAGCACCUCUCUUGGCGCUCGCAGGACAGCCUGACGCUGCACUUUUCGAUAGCCAUGCAAGUCGAUUUGGUGCCUUGGCGGAAAGGACAGACGAUCUCAUCGUAAAGCACAUCGUUCGCGAAGUCACUUCCGAGAUGAAGCCUUAUCUCAACAAACGAUGGGAUUAUGAUGCACUUGCUCCUGACGAACUUGAGAUCAGCCCAGAGCUGAACACCACACUGGCGGCAUUCUCUGGUCUUCUCAGCUGUCUCGUUAGCUCACUGCCGCCGCUCGCUUGUAUGUCACUCUAUCGCAAGGUAGCAGUAGCACUUCAAGAUAUUCUCAUCACCAAGAUCACCAUCGCGAAAGUCUUCCAUGAAUCUGGCGGCUGUCAGUUUGCGUUUGACUUUGAUCAUGGUUGGCUAGCCGCCGCGCGAGAAGCAGGCAUCAUCAGGCCUCUUGCCGCUUUCCGCAAGCUGGCAGACUGUACAGCUCUGCUUUCGCUUUCCGCGAAACCUCAAGCGAAAGGUCGGCCCGCCUUCGCGCAGGUGAUGAAGAUUGUUUGGGAGUCUGACGAGGCUACGUUUGGACGGACGAUGGAUGGAUGUGGCGUCAAGAUACUCCAGCUCAAGGAAGUGCAAGCCGUGCUCAGGAAACGCAGCGAGGCCUGGCAAUAG